CUUUGACCGACAAGGUUGAAAAAAUAACCCAUAUAUCUUAGAUUAGUGUUUCAGUUUUGAGUGCAGCAAUGGUAUUUACAGAGAAAUUUCGGUAAAUUAAGAGCGAGUACGCCGUUCAAAUGACACACACAUCGCGUGAGAAGCUUGACGUCAAAUACCAUCCCUUUGGCCUACCGCUGGUAUAAGCACGUGGUCAGACACAAAUCACCCUAGGGACAUCGUCAUUAUAUUGUUAAACUAAUCAGCAUAAUGUCAUGAAAGUGUUUGAGAUGUUCAGAGUAACGCCAUUGAAUUCGAGCAUGUGCCGAUAUCAGUAUUAAACUUCCAUUCUGAUCUUCAACCUGGAACAUUUUGAAGUCGAAAUGUGGAGGAUUGAGCUUCAAGAAGUGAGGGAAGAAUUCCGCCUCAUACAGUUCCGUUUAUUGUACUCUAACUCGGGUGACUUCGCCGAGUCUCCGUGGUUUAGCGUUCCCGUGAUCCUUGUAUAUCGUCUGGUAGUGGCUGUCUACUGCAGUGCUUGGAUCAUUUACAGCGGUUUCCACCCAGCAAACGGAAAUGAAAAGUGGUUUAUAUACCUCACAAACUGGAGCUUCUUAUUUGUGACUGUGUACUUCGUUUUUGCCACUGUAAUAACAGCCUUGUACUACAAAGAGGAAUGCAAACAAGGAGAGUAUGAGAUGGGAAGCCCUGAACCGAUUCCAUUAAGACGAUCUCGUUCCGGAAUUUCACGUUCAUCGGAUAUGGACUCGCGAGACAAUAGGUCGCGCGAGGACCCGCGCGACCCAUCACGCUCCGGAAUAUCGCGUUCAUCGGAUAUGGACUCUCGCGAUAAUAAGUCGCGCGAGGACCCACGCGAUAAAACAGACGCUCGUGAUAUCACGCGCGAGAAGGGUCGAAGUCGCGAGGAGGUGAAAGUAUCGAUAAAUCCGUUGGAAGUUAUGCAGGAGCUUCCAAUGUCAGGCUACCACCAAGCGUUGUGGGUUAUUUACAACAUUGCGGCAAAUACAGCAUUACUAGUUACUGCCACAAAUUGGGACUACGCUGGGUUUAACGUUGACGGCCUAACAGUCGCCACCCAAAUACUCAACACUGUUUUUAUAUUAUCAGAGACUCUGCUUGGAACUGUUCCCGUCCGUUUAUAUCACGUAAUUUAUUCAAUGCUUUUCACUAUUGUUUACGUGAUGUUUAGUGUUGUUUACUGGGCGGGUAACGGCACUAACACUUUAGGGCAGCCUUAUAUUUAUUCUGUGCUUGAUUACAGUGGAAAUCCAGCAGACGUUAUUGGAACUAUUCUUGCAUUCUUUUUUGUUGGUCAUCCGUUGAGUCAGCUCGUUUUAUUCAUUGUGUUCCGGGUGCGAUUCUGGUUGAGGCGGAAAUUUAGUAAAAAACUAAUUUGGUAGAUAGGUGCAGUAGUACGGGUCCGCAAAUGAUCCCAGGACCGUAAAUGAUCCCGGACCGCAAAUGAUCCCCAAAUAGAACCGCGAAUGA